AUGGGGACUGAACACAAAGUUGUUAAGUAUGACCCAAACACGGAGGCGUUCCAAAUGCGAGCGCAGUGGAAGAAACAGGAAAACUGCAGACAACAGUGGUUCGAAAGAUGGAGCUGGUUGCUCGAAGAAAGAAAGCAAGCAUUAGCACAAGCUGAUGCUAUUCGACAAGAAGCAUCAGCUGCAACACGGUCACAAAUCGCAAUAAAACCAGACGAAGGGAAAUCCCUGAAACCAGUACCACUGACUUCCACGGGAGUCAUAGGAUGGCUAGCUAGCAGACCCGAUUGUCGCUUAGAAAUUUACACAUCGUGGUGUGCGAAGCCACGUUUAAGACUACCCGAUGCCUGGGACGAUCCAAACUAUAUGGGCAAAAAUAAAAAAUAA